UACAUGAUGGCUCAUUGAAUAACCGCUUUGGGUAAUCCUUGUGAUUUUCAUUCUAAAUGCCCUGCUCCGCUAGUUUGACAUCCAAUCAUCAUUUCCACUCGUUUAACCAACAAGUAUGAGCUUAGAUUCAUCUAGGUCCGCCAAUUCUGCCUCCGAAUCUAAACGGAGCAUCAAUUCAAAUCCUACAAGCAGUAAUACCAGUAGUAAAAGGAAGAAGACGACCCAGAAAACCCUAGGCAUGGCUUGGGGUGCCAAUUCUCGCUCUUCUUCACGGGCUACAUCUAGCCGCUCUCCUUUCUCCGAUUUCGGCAG